AUGUUUGCCAGCAUCUCUUCAGCAUCACUCCGAUCCAGAUGCAGCACUAGCCUGCAACCUCUAUCUAUAAAUCCAUCCUCAUCCUACAUCCUACAACAAGUCAGAACAGCUACAAAAAAAUCGUCAGGAGGUUCAGCAAACGGACGAGACUCGCAACCAAAGCAUCUAGGUAUAAAACGUGGUGAUGGAGCCAUCGUCCAGCCAUGCGACAUCCUCGUAAGACAACGCGGAAACCAAUUCCAUGCUGGCAUCAACGUAACUACCAGCAAAGACUAUACAUUACAUGCUCUCGUGGCAGGGAGAGUCAAGAUACACUAUGAUUUAGCUCGUAGACGACGGAUUGUGAGUAUCGAUGAUGGGUCGAAUUCAUUGUCGGUUGUUAUGAGGACGCAGCAGGAAGCUAAACAGAUGUUGGCAGAUGCUAUCAAUGUGCCCAAAUAUAUGAGUAUGGAUGCUGCUUCAAAGUAUCGAUAUGUGCUGGAUAAAGUCGAGGAAAUCAAAAAGCAGGAUGAGGCGACGGUCAAGGCUAAUGCUGUGCAACACUUGCUGAAUCGGACGAGGAAGAUGGAUUUGGUUGAUUUGACUCUCCUGUAA